AUGGCAGCUCCAACAUGUGUUUUCAUUUCUUUUAUAGUUUUGCUAAGCUUAGCAAUAUGCUCUGCCCAGCCACUUGAUGUUCGCAAAAUUAAGUCUAAGGAAACUGAUCAUCAGAGUCACAAAGUUAACACUUUGAGUAAUGUCGAUGUCACAGGCUUUGGAGGCAUUGGUGGUGGUGGUGGAGGGGGCGGUGGUGGAUUUGGCAUUGGCAUUGGUGGUGGUAGAUUUGGCUUUGGCAUUGGUGGUGGUGGUGGUGGUGGUGGAUUUGGCCUUGGCAUUUAUGGCAGUAUCCCUGUCUACAAUGUCCCAGGCUAUGGUUUCCCAGUCUAUCCUCGUGGUUGUGGUUAUGUGUGUCCUGCUAAUAAUCCCACUGGAGAAAUCACUGCACUCACAAUCUCAGGAUUAUCACACUCCACCAGACCAUACCGAUGCAGGCCCGGGCCAAACAUGGCUGUCAACAAAGAUUCUAAUUCCGAACUACUUCUACACUUUGUUGACACAGUGCAAGACAAACAUGAACAUCCACGCUAUGGAAAACACAGUGAAGAAGUAGGUCUCCGUGUAGGGGGAGGUAGACGUUUAGGAUUUGGUCGUGGUAAUGGCAGAGGAACGGAUGAUAUUGAUACCUCUGAGUAUAAUAGAUAUGGAUUUAACCCAGGUUUAAGCUGUGGCUAUUUAUGUCCACGCAACAGUCCAUAUGGAGGAAUCACUGACUUCCAUAUCUCAGGAUUAUCAAAUUUCAAUGGACCUUACAGAUGUCGACCAGAUAUGUGUGACGAUGUCGAUUGUCAUGAAGUUCUUCUACACUUUGUUCCUCCAAAGCAUGACAAACACGAGAGCCAACAUGAUCAUCCAGUAGAGAGGAGUGAAGAGAGAGAAGCUGGUCGUAGGUCAGAGCAGCGAGAGGAAGAAAUCAUAAACUAG